AUGAGUUUGCCCCUGAAUCACAAACCUUUCCUGAAUGGAUUAAUAGGAAAGUCAGUAAAGGUGAAACUUAAGUGGGGAAUGGAGUAUAAAGGCCACCUGAUAUCUGUAGAUAGCAUGCAGCUUGCAAACAGAAGAAUACAUAGAUGGAGCAUUGUAUGGACAUUUGGAUGA